UUAUACAUGACGUCCUUGUCAUCCACUAUUAGCUGCUGUAAUCACUUACUGUUAUCAUAUUAGCAUAGUUAGGCUACGGAAGUAGACGCUGUAAAAAGCGCAGCGCGCGGCUCAGCCCUUCAUUGUGACAGCUUUAGAUUCUCUGAGCGACUGCUGCUAUCAUGGCACGGGUAGAAACGUCCCCCAGCAGGCCUUACCACCUGGUCAUCUUCGGAGCCUCUGGCUUCACGGGGCAGUUUGUGGUGGAGGAGGUGGCCCGGACGGUGUCCGAGGGUCCGAACGGGAACCUGAGGUGGGCAGUGGCUGGAAGGAGCAAGCAAAAGCUGGAAAAAGUUCUGGAGCAGGCCGCUGGAGUCCUCAGUAAGCCUGAGCUUCGGACGGAGGUGGACGUGAUUGUGGCAGACGUCGGAGAACCCGACUCUCUUGCAGCUAUGUGCAAGCAGGCUGUGAUUGUUUUGAACUGUGUGGGGCCCUACAGAUUCUUUGGUGAGCCUGUGGUCAAAGCCUGCGUGGAGAACGGAGCCCACCACAUUGACAUCUGUGGAGAGCCGCAGUUCUUGGAGGGUAUGCAGCUGAACUACAGCCAGCAGGCAGCAGAGAAAGGAGUCUUCGUCAUUGGAAGCUGUGGGUUUGACUCCAUUCCUGCAGACAUGGGAGUCCUCUACACUAGAGAUCAGUUCAGGGGUACUCUAACAGCUGUGGAGAGUUUUCUGACCGUCAGUGCAGGACCAGAGGGUGGGUGCAUCCAUGAUGGGACCUGGCAGUCUGCUAUCUAUGGCUUUGCUGACGGCCACAAACUCCAGAGCCUAAGACGGAAGUUUAACCACAAACCUCUUCCCUCUGUCGGCUCAAAGCUGCGGCGCAGGGGUGCGCUGUUCUUCAGUAAUGAGAUCCAGCAGUAUGCAGUGCCUUUCAUGGGUUCUGAUCCCUCUGUGGUGAAAAGAACCCAGCGUUUCCUGGUAGAGGAACAUCAAGCCACACCAGUCCAAUAUGGAGCCUAUGCUGGAGUAGGAGGAGUUGGGAGUAUCAUCAAGAUGAUAUUUGCUGGCAUGAUGUUCUGGUUCUUGGUAAAGUUCAGUUUUGGACGCAACCUGCUCAUCAAGUACCCAGAGUUCUUCUCCUUUGGUUUCUUUUCGAAAGCUGGACCAACUAGAAAGCAGAUGGAGGGUUCAUCCUUCCAGUUCUCCCUCUAUGGUGAGGGUUACACAGAUGAACAAGACCCCACCCAGGGGAAACCCAAUGCCAAGAUCCGCACUCUAGUUCAGGGACCAGAGGCUGGCUAUGUGGCUACGCCCAUUGCCAUGGUGCAAGCUGCUCUUACAAUCCUCAACGAACCUGCAGCUUUGCCCAAGAAAGGAGGAGUUUAUACUCCCGGAGCUGCUUUCUCCAAAACCACCCUCAUUGACCGCCUCAACAAACAUGGCAUCCAGUUCUCUGUCAUCUAACAUCCAUUCCUCCUUUGUUGUAUUCCAGUUUUUUUUUUCUUUUCCCAGUUUAAACUAAAUGGCAAAGCAAUGAUCAGCAAAGUUUCCGCUUUGUAAUAGACAUCUUUUUAGUUAAGACUUCUGAUUUUUGG